CCCACCACAUCCUCUGAAAAUAAAAGAAACUUUUCUCCGUUGGUGUUUCUUCUUAUUCUCUGUUCCUUCAUUGUUCUCUGUCUCCAUGAAUUUCAGAAAACAACUGAUCAGUACAGCGUUUUUUUCAAUUCCAUGGACACUGAACUUGAAGAAAAACCCAAAAAUCAAAGAGACCCACUUCAAGAGCUACACCCCAUUAUUCCUUUUAGCCUCACUUUCUGUCUUGUCAAUUUUUCUCUUCUGUUGUUUCUCACCCAAAAACAAUGAUGUUCAUCGUCAAACACCAAAACCAACUAUAUUAUUAGUCCCCACGUGCAGGUCACGUGUGUCUCUAUAUGUUUACGACUUGCCGGAGGAGUUCAACGUCGGACUUCUCAAAGACUGCCGCCACUUGAAUGUCUACACCGAUAUGUGUCCCCACGUCGCAAAUUCCGGCCUCGGACAGCCUCUUCAAGACAUGGAUGACGGCUCCACCACCGGAAGUUGGUUCGCCACUAACCAGUUCAUGGCCGAGAUGUUAUUCCACGCACGUGCGCUAAACCACCCGUGUCGCACGCGUGAUCCUGCACGAGCCAAUUUGUUCUACGUUCCAUUCUACGGUGGACUCCACAUGUCGAGCAAGGUGCGCGAGCCCAAUCACGCGUUACGAGACGACUUAGCCGUUCGAUUAGUUGACUAUCUUCAAUCACAAACGUGGUGGCACAGGAAUCACGGAAGGGAUCAUUUUAUUACUCUAGGACGUACCGCGUGGGAUUUCAGGAGAGGGGAAGGUGGGCCUGACUUUGGAGCGAAUUCUCUUAUAAACCUGCCAACUGUCCAAAACAUGUCGGUGCUAACCGUCGAAAGGCAGCCGUGGCAAGGCCACAACCAAUACGGCAUCCCCUACCCCUCCUACUUCCACCCAAUGACUUCACUCGCCGUUCUGACGUGGCAAGAAAAGGUGGGCCACUCGCAUCGGCCCCACUUGUUUUCCUUCAUCGGGGGCCCACGUAAGGGUGUGGAGAAAGCAGCGGCUAUAAGAGACGAAUUAAUCAAUCAGUGCAGCCAGUCGAGGAAAUGCAAGCUAUUGAAAUGUGAUAACGAAGGAAGAAACGACUGUCACGAUCCGAAACGAGUGCUUGACAUAAUGGUGGAGUCGGAGUUCUGUCUACAGGCGCCGGGGGACUCGUUCACCAGGAGGUCGACGUUCGACGCGGUGCUGGCGGGGUGUGUGCCGGUGUUUUUUUCGCCGCACACGGCGUACACGCAGUACAAGUGGUAUUUUCCGGAGGAGUAUGGGGAGUAUUCGGUGUUUAUAGAUGUAGAGAAGGGGAAUGUGAGUGUGGAGGUGGAGCUAAUGAAGAUUGGGAAGGAGAGAGUGGAGGAGAUGAGGAAGAGAGUGAUUGAUUUGAUUCCCAGAGUGAGUUAUUUGCAUUCCAAUGCGAGUGAUGUUGGAUUUGAAGAUGCAGUUGAUGUUGCACUUGAGGGAUUGUCUAACGCAACUGCACUCUUAAGUUAAGCCAUAGUUAUCUCCAUUUAUUGUGGAGCGUUGGAUAUUAAAUUGGUUCCACUUGUGUAUUUAUAAUCGAUGGUUAUUUCGAAUGUCACAUAAAUUCGGGAUAACGAGGGUCAUAUUUUGAAAAUCUAUAGCAUCGAAAAAAGAUAAGUCAAAGAAAAUGGAAGUAGAGACAACGAAACAUAUUUGUGACCUAUGUGAAAGGCAAUCGGUUUAAUCAUAAAGAUUCGCGAAGUUUAGCUUGAAUGUCAAACUUGAGCAUAUAUUUUGAUAUUGUCUAUU